AUGGCAGAAAUAUCUACAGGAAGACCACCUCAUUACGAUAUUGAGUAUGAUGAAGCGUUGGCUAUUAAAAUAUGUAAAGGAUUACGUCCUGAAUUUGCUAAAGACACUCCUGAAUGCUAUAUCAAAUUAGCAAAUCAAUGUAUGGAUGCUAAUCCUUUUAAUAGACCGACUGCAUUCAAUAUCUAUAAUAUAUUGUCUGAAUGGUAUAGAAUAGUAAAUGAUAGAGAGGCAUAUAAUGAAAAUGAAUUAGCAAUAUUAAAAGCGUUCCAAUCUGCAGAUGCAGUUAUUCCAACGUUAUCAACCGAAUUGCCAAAUUGUCCUAAAGAUAAACUUACGA